AUGUCUGCUGCUGAUGCUGCGCCUCUCCCGCUCUCUAUACGGAUCUCCCGUGAUGUCUGGUUCUCAGAUUGGGAGUUCCCAGACUGGAUCCCAUAUAAAGAGAGCUGGCACUUUCUCUCUGGCAGGGAGGCUGACCUUUAUCUUCCUCUAGAGACCUCCUCUCCUCCGUUCUCCAUCAAAAGAGAAGGGCUUCCGGGAGAGCAGGACCCCUGUGUGCUCAGUAGGUUCCAGUCUCUGCCUCCUCACCCUGAGCGUUGGGAUGUCACCUUCUUUGUAGGAGGCCCCGUGUGGUCUCUUGAGUGGUGCCCCACCUUGGGAGGGUCUGGGUCCUGCCAGUACGUGGCACUGUAUUGCCAUCGGGGGAUGGAUGAUCGGAACAGGCUUGACGUGACACGUAGCGGACCGGCUCUGCUGCAGUUGUGGAGUCUGGGGACCAUCGGCGUGGAGAAUGGUUCUUCGUCUGGUGCUUCUUUUUCCUAUGGGCUGGCUGUGGAUGAAGGCUGCAUAUGGGACCUGAAGUUCUGCCCUAGUGGAGGAUGGGAGCUUCCCAGUACCCCCAGGAAGGCCUCAGAGAUGGCAAGACUUGGUCUUCUGGCAGCAGCCUUCUCUAGCGGCCAUGUUGAAAUCUACAGUCUUCCUCAUCCAGAUUCUCUUUACUCGCACCGAAAAUCACAGGUAAAAGAUUCCUCGGGGCUGACCAUAUGUAAGGUGGACUGUGUUGUGAGGCUCCAUGUGGGCUCUAUCAAGGCUUGUAACCCAGGUGAGAAUGGACAGUGCUUCUCCGUGGCAUGGCUCCCUUCUAAGCCCCACCAGUAUUUGGCAGCAGGAUUCUACGAUGGCACAGUGUCCAUUUGGGACUUGAAGACAAAGUCUGUUCUACAGAAGGUCCGUCAGGGCCGUGUGAUUAAGCAGUACCCGUUCCACAGCUUUCCUGCCCAUGAGCACGCUGUGCGCUGCAUCGAGUGGUGCAAAGCCGACAGUAAUUUCCUGGUGACCUGCAGCAAUGAUCGACGUUUGAGAUUUUGGGACCUUCGACGUCUCUGUGUACCAAUCAGCAACAUCAAGCGAUUCCAGGUGACAGAGAUGGCGUGGUUGCUGCCGUACUGCGGCGUGGUGGUGGCGCAGGACAACUGCACGGCCUCGCACGGCCUAUGCGGCAUCCAUUACGUGGACUCCGGCUACCUGGGCCAUAAGCCGUAUUUUGUGACUCCUCGCAAAGCAACAGUGUGGAGUGUCUCAGGCUCAGACUGGCUGAGUGCAGUCACCUCUGGGGACAUCAGUGGAGAAGUAAUGGUCAUCAUUCUACCCGGUCUGAAUGCGCAAUCUUUUAACACAAAGCGACCGUCUGAGCGCAGAUUUCCCCUAUAUAAAGCUGACUUCCUGUCAUACGCCCCCCAGUCUGAUGACACCACCCGCCCAUGUGAUAGCGGCCCACUGGCAGAGAGCCAUGAGUGGGAGCAUUUCAAGCCAAAGUCAUUUCGUGCUGCAGUUGGGAGGUUCAGUCUCCUCUUCCAGGACAUGGAUCUGAGAACAUUCCAGCGUCUGCCCUCCCGCGAGCCUGUGAGGAGGAUGCAAGCCAAUGAGCUGAAGGGUGAUCUGAACAUGGAGCGUGUGCAGCUGGAGGCCGUACACAAGGUCCGGUUCAGCCCUAACCUGGACUCGUACCCCUGGGUGGUGUCGGGCGGGCACUCGGGUUUGGUCAGACUGCACUGCGUCCGGGGCCUGGUGUCUUCCAUAGGACGGAAGAUGAUCGGAGAGAAGAGCGCUCAGUUCCGGGCCAUGUAUGAGCACACAGAGAUGGUUGGAGAAUGUGACUAUAGCCCCGAGGUGCAGCAUUGUGUGGUGCAGGUCUAGGGUCUGACGCCAGUGGCCACGUAUGUCUAGGGUCUGACGCCAGUGGCCACGUAUGUUAUGUGGACGGCUCACCACGUCUGGGGUUGUUUUUAUAAUGGGAUUACAUCAUGUCAGUUCUGUUUGUUUUUUUAUUGUUUUUAUAUGUGCGUUUUUUUACUUAAUCUGUGCGCACAUCAUUCAGCACUUUGUACAGGAGCGGCCCAGCAACGUCACGGCCGCUGGAAUCCGCCCAAUCAGAGACGCUCGCUGCUGAUGGCUCUGUGCUGUCACUCGGGACUGUACGUAUACAGACACGGACGGUGUCACACGGGACUGUACGUAUACGGACACGGAUGGUGUCACACGGGAGUGUAUGUAUAAGGACACGGAUAGUGUCACACAGGACUGUACAUAUGUAGACCGCAGUUUCCUGGCGCAGUUUCUCUCACAGGUGUUGCUGAAGGCGUCAUCGCUCACAUUGAGCGCCGUUUGGGGUGAUUUCCUGGUUUAUUAAAAUGUUACUUUUUUCUA